CACGCACCCUCUCAUCCUUCUCUUCCGUAUCUUUUUGUGCAUUUCGCAUCUCUAGGUAGACUUUGGUUUGUGCGGAAUUCGAUUAUUGGUAGUACCAUCAAUAGUCUAGCCGUUGCGGAUCCCGCACUGUCAAGCAGCAUAACAUGGCAUCAUCACCAUCUUCUGUUGUCUCCUCUCGGAGGUCUAAGGGUGUUCUCGUUCUAUGGGGAUCGGUCGACCCUACCACAACCGAUGAGAACGCAUUGAACGAUUGGUGGACCAACGAACACCUUCCCGAGCGUGUAUGCCUCCCUGGCUUUCAAAGUGCGCGCCGCUAUCGCGCACUCGAACCUGAACAUGGGCCAAACGAGUAUCUAGCACUGUACGAAACUUCGGAUGUCCAAGCUCUAGCAUCGGCCGAGUAUCUAUAUGCUCUCGACCAUCCGACAAAGAAGACAGUGCAAUUUAUGCCUUGCCUGGCAAAGAUGAGCCGCUUCGCAGGCGAAGAAAUCUGGUCAGCAUCCUCACCGACUUCGAUGUCAGACCAAGCGGAGACCAACGGAUUGUUGUUAAUGCUUGUUUUUGAGACCAACAACGCUAUGGAUGAUUCGACAAGAGUUAUUGGUGACUGCCUCAGUCGCAACGAGCAUGGCGCGCUGGCAAAUGUAACGCGUUCUCAAAUCGCAAAAGUAAAUCCAGAUAUUACAAGAGCGGGAAGUGCGAGCAAGUCUUAUGACAAUGUUCGAUUCGAUAGCUCGAGUGGUGGCGAUAGCACAAAGACGGCUGGGGCCUUCGUCGCACUCGUGGAAUUUGGUAGCACUGCUGACGACUCAGCACGUAAACUAUCUUCAAGCAACGAGCCGCUUCAAUCGCUCACCACCGCCAUAAGGACCGCUGGGCUACAUAUUCAAUACAUCAACACAUACACGCUCUUAGCCGCUCUCGCCAGAUCCCAGGUCGUGUGCUGACAGCCUGACACGACGUCUGCGCCUACGCCAUGCUGGCCGCCUAAACUACGCGAAGCGCUUCCGGCAACGCGCGCCCCGUUUCCAGGCAUCCAAGCCAAUCGCGCACCCCAUCUAACAAGGAGACACGAGUCGAGUAUGGGAAAAUACCAAAUUUGGGGUUUCGACAUUUUGUGGCUGCAGGGGUAAUCGUCCUUAUUGUUCCUGAGGCGCAACCGGUGAAGAUGCUAGCCCCUCCAUAAAGAGCGCUACUCGGUAUGCCUUCUAUCAAGAUGCCCUCUUUCGGCCUCGGCCUCCCACGCGAUGCC